AGAAAUGUAUGGGGGCAUCCUGAUUCUGUCUCUCCCUCCCAGAUGACACGGCGUAAAUCCUACUCCUCCUCCUCCUGCUGCUGCUGGAUUUUUCUUUCUCUAUAAUCACAAUGGCCUCCUCCAGCCACCCCAGCCUCCCUCACCCCCUUGGCCACCCCCACCACCCUCCUCCUUCCUCAUCGGCUGCAUCAACCUCCUCCACCAAGCCCAAUUCGGAAUUCCCGACUCUUCCUCAAAACCCUAGCAGCAAUGGCCGCGCCUCCUCUGAAAAGAACCCUAACUCCGGCGCCGCCAUCACCGCCGCCCCCGAAGACGUUCACCUUUGCAAUUCCUCACAUCUCACUCACCAGGAAGUCCUCAGGCGCCGCGCUCACAACUUCAACCAGCUGGCGACGGUUUACAAAGACCAUUACUGGGCGAUGAUGGAAGAACUCAAGGCUAAGUAUAAGGAGUAUGUGUGGAAGUUUGGUCUGAGUCCGUUUAAGGAAGGUGAAGAGAAGGAGAUUUUUAAGGAAGAAGUUGAAGACGAUGGAAUCGAAGGCAAGGGAGAGAUGGGUUCGGAGGUGAACAGGCAAUGCUUGUUCCAUGGCUGCGCUCUCAAGGCAAUGCCGCUAACGAAGUUCUGCUCUCUGCACAUUCUUUCUGAUCCGAAGCAAGUCCUCUACAAGCCUUGUGAAUAUGUGAUCAAGAG